AUGGCCCACGCUGCGGAGCGGCUCCUGUCAGCGGCGGCACACGCCCUCCGCAGCGAUGACGAGCGGCGGCGAAGUGUGGCGGCCCUUCUCCUGGCCGCCUUCCCCACGGAGGAGGCCGCCCUGCCCCUGCUCUGUCGGGCCAUUUCCCUCGAGGUGUCUGCCACUGCUGACGAGGGCGUACUAUGGCGAGGCGGUGGUCUGGCGGUUGAUCUCGUCGGCGAGUUCGCCCGCCAGGCCACGUUGGGCAAGGGCCUCCCGGGGAACACCCUGAUGGCCAAUCUGGUCCGCACCCUCUGCAAGCGACCGGCCAGCGUCGAAGUCGACCCCGCACGCCUGGCCCUCGAGCUGGGCCUCCAGCUCGCUCCGCCCGCCUUCUACACCUCCAUAUCGCCCACGCCAUCACGCCGCGCGCCUCAUCGUCAUCACCACCACCAUCAGCCCCGAUCGCUGGGCUCGGCCUCGCCCCGCGGGCUGCGUAGCGCUUCGAGCCACCACAUGGCCAUGGCCCGCAUCCACUCGGUGGAGAUCUCCGUACGCACGCCGGACGCAAGCGAGGAGGAACGUAACGACGACGACGAUGACGUGGACGAGCUUCAUUUGCGGGCGCGGCGAUUGGAAGAGGAAGAGAGCAAGCUGGCGGCGCAGGCCCAACAGGCCUACUUCCGCGACAUUGUGGCGCCCAACCGCCGCAAGCUGCAGGAGCUGGCCCUCGAGUUCCUGCAGGCCAUCGAUACAGCCAUGCGCGCGUGCUCGCCCGCCCUGCGCGCGCUGCUGCGGCACAUGUUCGGCGCCGUACGGGAGCGGUUCCCUGGGUCGGAGUUCAAGGCCGUGGGAGCGCUCAUCUGCCUCCGCCUCUUCUGCCCCGCCAUUGUCGCGCCCGAGACCCACAACCUCACCAAGCCAGGGGAAGUCACGCCCAAGGCCAAGCGCAACCUGGUGCUGGUGGCCAAGCUGCUCCAGACGCUGGUAAACGAGACACCCUUCGAGAAGGAGGUGUGCAUGCUGCCCUUCAACGGCUUCAUCCACGACCACAUCCCUGUCGUCCACUCCAUGUUCCUCGCCUGGAUGGAGUUGCGGCGACGCAUGACCCUCGCCCUCGCGGGUAACUGCCCACAGGAGCUGGCGGCCUUUCUGUCGGCCCAUCAGGUGGUCUGCAACCCCAACGUUGCCGCAGAUCCACGCCUUCCCGAGGAGGAUCACCACCCUGGGCAGCCCGACAUGGAGCUCCUCUCAUCGUCGUGGCCGUCGACAUCGUCGUCAUCACUGCUGUCGUCGUUCCCACGUCCGACGGUAGCACACGAGAAGCCGCGCGCCGCCUCCAUCGACUGCCUUGCGAGCCUGCACAAGAAGUGUCUGGGCAGCUUCUCCGGCCCGUGCAAGCAAGAGGUGCUGCAGUGGACGCCCGUGGAGGUAGCGAGAUGGCUGGAGCGGAGCGCCUACUCGCAGGAGACGGUGGAGGCCGUAGCCCAGGCCGGCAUUGACGGCAGGCUGCUCCUGCGGUUAUCGGUGCCAGAGUUGCUGACCCUGGGUGUCAUCAAGCUGGGCGACAGGAAGAAGCUCGCCAAGGCCAUCGAUGAGAUCUCGGCCACGUGUUGGCAAGUGGGUGGGGUGGCGAUGUGGCUCGGCCUCCAUGGGCUGCUCGAAUACGCCGACGCGUUCAUCAAGCACGAGGUGUCCGGGCAGGUCCUACUCGGGCUCACCCAGCAGAAGUUGUUCGACAUCGGCGUGUCCAAGUUCGGACACGUCAAGCGCAUACUCAGAAUGAUUCGGGAACUCUCGCUCUCUCCGCAGGACCGACUCAAGGCGAAACCUCACGCCGAGUACUGGACUCUGGGCGACGUGUGCGACUGGCUGCGAACAAUGGAGCUGCAGCAGUACCUGCACCUCUUCUACGCCGCUGAGGUGGACGGGCUCAAGAUCCUGCAACUCACCGACCCCAAGCUGGCCAAGCUGGGCGUUGACGCGCUGGGCCAUCGGAAACGCAUCAUGAAGCAUGUGCGCUUCCUAAGAGCCAGUGGCGACACGCCUGCGCUCCAGUAG